UUUAUAAACUUGUAUAGCUUCCCUUAGGGUGUAGGUGGAUCUCUAGCUAGCAUAGCUAUAGCAGGGCCCUGACUUUUGUAUCGUCCCGCUCUACGGCGGUAAAAUCUCUCUCCGUCAGUUUCAGUGGUGAACUUUAGUUUAUACUUCAACUCUCUGACAAGGAUCCAGCAAUAAUGGCAGCUCAACAGGAAACUGGUUUCAGUACACAAUACGAGUCUGGCGUUCCUCAAGGCGGCGGAGGGCACAGGCAAAUUGGAAGAAACUAUCAAAAAACCGUCAUUGUUGAUCAUGAGCCAGAGUAUACAAAACAUUCAGCAUCACCUGUCAUCCCUUUGACGCCUGGAGACAGACACUUGACCAUAUCGCUCAUAAUGCUCAUUGUAUCUGUGAUGUGCUGUAAUCCUAUCUCACUCUUUUGUGCAGUUUUUGCAGUUGUAUUCUCAGUUAAAGCACGAUCAGCAGAGCUUGAAGGUAAAAAGGAAGUCAUGCAGGCUAAUGACAAGACUUCAUUUGGAUUUGCAAUCUUCAGCAUAAUAGGAUUAAUGACAAGUGUGUGUGUCGUUGGAUUUGUUGUCCACAGGGAGCUUUGUGGAGCUUCUGCCACUAGCUGUGACACAAGGACUCAUGUAUAAACUGUCCACAACAACCAUUCAUGCUGUAAAUUUCAUUUUACAUUGUAAACCGUUGUAGUAUCCAGCAGUAGUUUUUAGUUUUUUUUUAAUCAUUAUUGUUAAAGUGUUAAUCAAUGCAAUGCAAAUUAUUUUGGGCGUGGCUGAAUGCAGUUAUUUAGGGUGGGGCUCGUUCUUUGCAAAGGGCGUCAGAAGAAAAACAUGUCAAGUGAGGUAGAAGAGCCUGUUGAAAUCGUUAGGAAUCCUUCAUAUAGCGUUGUGCCUCGUUCUUCAUCACAAGCUACACAGUACCACCAAAAGAAAGGAAGAGGGAGUGUUAUUAUAUUUGAUGACGUACGACUCGAAGAACCAACAUCAAUAAAUAAUGCUGGACCAUCAGAGUUUGAGACAAGAGGGACGUCCUCAAAAUGGGACCACCACAUCACUCUUGCUGUCCUUGCUACCAUAUUUUCUUUAAUAUGUCUGAAUCCUUUCGCAUUUGGGUGUGGUGCAGCUGCAAUUUAUUAUUCCUAUGUGGCUCGUGUUGCUUCUAGGAAUGAUGAGUACAAGCAAAAGAUUGAAAAUCAGAGGACAUCACAUGCCUUCUUCAUUGUUUGCAUCAUGACUCUCAUUAUCUUUUUCUGUAUAGCAAUUUUUGCAGCUUAUGAGAGCCUGUGUGGAAGAACUGGAAUAAAUUGUUGAGCUGCAUUUUUGCUUUUUAACUUUCAAUUUUUGUAAAGUUUUAUUACCAGUGACCACA